GAUGCGGCUCCUCGGAUAGCAAUGAAGAACACGCAAACACACGAACUGGUCUGAAUGAUAUGUGAGUGAUCUUUGUAAUAACAAAAAAUCAAUCACAUUAAAACCACCACCUUCAUUCACAAUCAUGUAUAGAUUAAGGGUAUGCACCAAAUUAGCAGCCAAAGAUCCAAGAAAGACUCUUAAUUGCUUAUCUUCCCUUCAAUCUCUAAGAUCGAAGCAUUCAUUACCUUUUGCCACAGUGGAUGUAGACAGUUUAUCAGGCAGCCAACCUGCUGAAGUACAGAAUUUAGUGCAGGGAAAUUGGACAAAGUCUUCUAAAUGGAAUACACUUGUUGAUCCUUUAAACGGUGAACCAUUUAUUAAAGUUUCUGAGAUAGAUGAAGGAGGAAUACAGCCAUUUGUUGACAGCCUCUCCAAAUGUCCAAAACAUGGUCUACAUAAUCCAUUCAAAGCACCGGAAAGGUACCUUUUGUAUGGAGACAUUACUACAAAGGCAGCUCACAUGCUGUCCUUGCCUGAGGUUUCGGAUUUCUUCACUAGGUUAAUCCAAAGGGUUGCUCCUAAAAGUUACCAGCAAGCUCAUGGCGAAGUCUAUGUUACACAGAAGUUUUUAGAAAAUUUUUGUGGUGAUCAGGUUCGUUUCCUGGCAAGGUCAUUUGCAGUGCCUGGAAAUCAUCUUGGGCAACAAAGUCAUGGUUUCCGCUGGCCCUAUGGUCCUGUCGCAAUAAUAACUCCUUUCAAUUUCCCUUUAGAAAUUCCUGUGCUUCAGUUGAUGGGCGCGCUUUAUAUGGGCAACAAACCUGUCCUUAAAGUUGAUAGCAAGGUUUGUAUUGUAAUGGAACAAAUGCUUCGCCUACUUCAUGAAUGUGGACUACCUAUGGAGGAUGUGGACUUCAUCAAUUCUGAUGGGUCAACAAUGAACAAAUUAUUGCUAGAGGGGAAACCACGCAUGACUCUCUUCACGGGUAGUUCAAGAGUUGCAGAUUUAUUGGCAGUUGAUUUAAAAGGCCGUAUAAAAUUGGAAGAUGCUGGAUUUGAUUGGAAGAUACUUGGGCCAGAUGUUCAGGAGGUUGAUUAUGUUGCAUGGGUCUGUGAUCAAGAUGCAUAUGCAUGUAGUGGUCAGAAGUGCUCUGCACAAUCAAUGCUAUUUAUGCAUGAGAACUGGAGCCAGAGUUCACUUGUCAAGCAAUUGGGUAACCUUGCAGCUCGAAGGAAGCUAGAAGAUUUGACUAUUGGGCCUGUCCUUACGGUUACAACUGAAAGAAUGCUGGAACACCUGCGUAAAUUACUUAAGAUACCAGGUUCAAAGCUACUUUUUGGAGGUGAAGCUUUAGCAAAUCAUAAAAUUCCUUCAGUAUAUGGUGCCAUAAAACCAACAGCAGUAUUUGUUCCUCUCGAUGAAAUACUGAAGGACGGCAAUUAUGAACUAGUGACCACAGAGAUUUUUGGGCCAUUCCAGAUUGUCACGGAGUACAAAGAUAAUCAGCUCGCAAUGGUUUUGGAUGCCGUUGAAAGGAUGCAUGCGCAUCUUACAGCAGCUGUUGUUUCAAAUGAUGUUCUCUUUCCGCAGGAAGUUAUCGGGAGUACAGUUAAUGGAACUACUUAUGCUGGACUGAGAGCAAGAACAACUGGGGCACCACAAAAUCACUGGUUCGGACCAGCUGGAGAUCCUAGGGGUGCAGGAAUCGGGACUCCUGAGGCAAUAAAGCUUGUUUGGUCUUGCCACAGAGAAGUGAUAUACGAUAUUGGCCCGAUGCCUACAAAUUGGAAACUCCCAGCUUCUACUUAAGAAUCACCUGCGACAAAAAUAAAUAGGAAACCUGGAAUAAAAUAGGAAGUUUUCCUGAGUUAUUUUUCGUGUUAGGAAUUUGUGGAUGGUCCAAGUUUCAAUGAGCAGCUAGAUUCACAAAAUGCCCAAAAGACCAUAUAAUUUUAUUAUCUGGUAGGUGCUGAUGUUUUUCAUGUAUCUGUCCACUUUUGAGCUAAAUAAUAAUUGCUGAAUUACUGAAAA